AUGGGAGAGGAGAAGCGGCACCAGAUGAUGCAAAAUCUCUUCGGCGAUCAGUCGGAGGAAGAGGAAGAGAUCGAUUCCGAACACGAAUCCAACCCUCACCCUAAUUACGCUUCCGAUGAAGCUGAGGGUGCCAUGGAGGCUGAGGGUGAAGGUGAAGCUGAAGUGGAAGGGCAUGGUGAGGCAGAAGUCGAGAGUGAUGGUGACAUACGUGAUGUAGAACCUGAUCCUGGAGAAAGUGAGGGUGAAAGAGAACAAAGUUCCCAAGAAGUUGACAUUGGCGAUCAAAGGGAAGAAAGUGAGGCAAAAGAUACUGAUAGUGAUGAAAAAGAAGAAUAUGGUCAGAGGGUUGUGACUAGCCGGAGAAGGGAAGUGAUUGAAAGUGAGUCAGAGAGGUCUGAGGAAAACCAUUAUCCUGAUAAUGAAGAUGAGGAGGUUGAUCAAGCUAGAAGUCCAAGUAAAUCACCGGGGGAGGAGAAGGAUCAGACUCAUCUUUCACAUUCUGCUGCUGAAAUUCGUGAUGUAUUUGGUGAUUCUGAUGAUGAAGAAGCUGCAGAAUAUGCAGUUCGACAUGAAAUGGAGCAAGACGAAAAUAGAUCUCCUAUGGAAGAGGAAGAGAGCUAUGGGAAGAGUCCAAGACCUGAAGAUAUGGUGCAUGAUGAAGAUGUUCAUUAUGAGUCAGAUGAUGAGCAUGUUGAGGUGAAACAAAAAGAGAAGCCAGUUGGCCCCCCGUUGGAGCUAGAGGUUCCAUUGCGCCCAGGUCCAGCUCAUCCAACAAAGAUGAACAUGAUCAAAGUUUCUAAUAUUAUGGGCAUUGACCCAAAACCAUUUGAUCCCAAGACAUAUGUGGAAGAGGAUACAUUUGUGACUGAUGAGUCUGGCUCAAAAAAACGUAUAAGGUUGGAAAACAAUAUUGUGCGUUGGAGGACUAUCAGAAACAAAGAUGGCACAACAUCAUAUGAAAGCAAUGCACGCUUUGUGAGAUGGUCAGAUGGCAGUUUACAGUUGUUAAUUGGCAAUGAAGUUCUUGACAUAUCUGUACAAGAGGCGCAGCAUGAUCAAUCACACCUUUUUCUCAGACAUGGAAAGGGAAUUCUUCAAUCUCAAGGAAGAAUUUUAAGUAAAAUGAGAUUUAUGCCUUCAUCAUUGUCAUCAAAUUCUCAUCGGCUAUUGACUGCUCUCGUUGAUUCACGUCAUAAAAAAGUCUAUAAGGUUAAGAAUUGCAUUACUGACAUUGAUCCUGAGAGGGAAAAGGAGGAAAAAGAGAAGGCUGAAAAUCAAACAAUCAGAGCUAACGUGCUUCUGAAUCGUAAGAGAGAAAAGGUGAACCGAAAGUAUACACAAACUGUAGAAAGAAAACGUCAACUUUCAACUGGGUAUUUGGAGGGUGCUCUUGAUGAGGAUGAUGAAAUGGAUUAUAAUGAUUCUCGUCGCUCUCGUCGCCGCUUUGAGGAAGACCUGGAAGUAGAAGCUCGGGCAGAAAAACGCAUUAUGAAUGCCAAGAAGUCACAGAGUUAUAGGGACAUCCCUCGCAAGUCAUCCUUGCAAGAUUUUAAAUCAUCUCGGCGGCCUAGUAAUUUCUCUGAAAGUGACAGAGAGGAGUCUGAGUAUGAAACUGAAGGGGAGGAAGAUGAUAGAUCUCCACGCAAUAGGAUUGAGGAUGAAGAGCCAGAAUAUGAAGAAUCAGAAGAAGAGGAAGAGGAAGAGCGCUAUGAAGAGGUUGAUGCUAACAAUAAGAUAGCCUCAGAUGAGGAAGAGGAAGCAGAGGAACCUAGGCAAAAGUUGAAGGAGUCUGUUGGCAGCAUUAAGCGAAAGGGAAUUGAGUCUGAUGAGGACUCACCUCCUAGAAAAGCUCCAACUCAUCGUCGCAUGGCAGUUGUUUAUGAUAGUGAUGAGGAGUGAAACCUGCAACAGACAAGAUGAGAGUAGAAAAAGCUUGUAUCCGACCAUCCUCUGACUAAUGAAUCGCAGGCAGACAUUUUGCGGUGGAGCUGAGCCGACAUAUGCUUGAUGCUUCACUAAGUUAUGGAAACACUAAUAACUGAACGCAGCAGCUUAAGGUUUAAAAUGCUAUUGUCUUCUUUACCUCCUUUCUAUCAUUUUCAAUUAUAUAAAAAUUGUGCCUAUAACCUUUUCUUUAAUCCCCGACACUAGUUGCAACUGAAUUUGAGGGGAAAGAAUUGCGGACAAAACGGAUUACUAGUUUUCUUCUUUUUCCUAUAAUGUGAAAAGGCAGGUUAUUAUGAUUGUCAUUUUCGAUCUCAAAACCUCCCCUCAUUGAAGGAGCAGGCAACGUUGGUGCAGUUGUUUGGUAUCUAUUAUUAUAUUCACUAUUCAAUCAAUAGAAAUAGGAAUACAUGUUUCUAUCUUUAUUCAUCAUCACCGUUAUUUAUUUAUUUAGAGUACUUGUUUUCAUAGUGAAAUUAUUCCUUAGGUUUAAGAAAUUUUAUCAAUUCCAGUUGUUGCUUGUUUU